CCCCCCACCACCAUACACCUCGAUCCCCCUCCCCAACACACGCACAUACACAGAAGCUGGGCUUGCUAGUAUGAACUCGAAGACUUGCAAUACCAAAAUGCAUGUGUUACCUUGGGAUGCACUAGGAUCAGGAUGCUUGAAAAGUCUGCAGGCUGCUUAGUCUUCCAAGACUGGGGUUUUUAAACCAAACGAGAAAAGAACAAGUUAUUCACUUUUUUCUUUUUCUUUUUUAUUUCUUUCUCUUUUUUGUGCUUUGGAUAUUACUAAAUAAGGAGUCUCAGGGAUUCACACACUUGGACUUUACUGAAUCAGGCUGCAUCUGACAAACAUUCUAGUCUGCAUUUUGGUUAGCUGGAGAUCAACCAGGAUUUUUCAGAUUGUAUCUUCUUUUCAAAAAAAAGGAUGCAUGGCAUAGAAAGAAGGUCUAACUGCCUGUCUGAGGUUAUUUUACCGAACCUGGGAUAAAUGUUACUUCUCAAAGGUACUGUUGCGUGAUUUACCAUGGAAAAAUUGCUCUGCAGCAUCCUGGUGUUUGGAAUGGCUAUCACAGUCAACGCUUGUCCUAAAUAUUGUGUCUGUCAGAACCUGUCUGAGUCACUGGGGACUCUGUGUCCCUCUAAGGGUCUCCUAUUUGUACCACUAGACAUAGACCGAAGGACUGUUGAACUCCGCCUUGGCGGCAAUUUUAUUAUCAAUAUCAGCCGACAGGAUUUUGCCAAUAUGUCUGGACUUGUUGACCUCACUUUGUCCAGAAAUACCAUCAGUUACAUACAGCCCUACUCCUUCACUGACUUGGAGAGCCUUCGGUCUUUACACUUGGACAGCAACAGGCUGCCUGACAUUGGAGAGGAUAUUUUGAGAGGCUUAAUUAACCUUCAGCACUUGAUUUUAAACAACAACCAGCUAAGCAGCAUCUCUGAUGAAGCCUUUGAGGAUUUCUUGCUGACACUGGAAGACUUAGACCUUUCCUACAAUAACCUCCGAAGCAUUCCCUGGGAAUCUAUAAGGAAGAUGAUAAACUUGCACCAGCUCAGUUUGGAUCAUAACCUGAUAGAUUAUAUUACAGAGGGGACAUUUGCAGAUCUUCAGAAAUUGGCCCGACUGGAUCUAACAUCCAACAGACUUCAGAAGCUCCCCCCCGAUCCCAUAUUUGCCAGGUCUCAAGCAAUUCCAUUAGCCGCUACCCCAUUUUUGCCACCUUUGUCUCUCAGCUUUGGGGGCAAUCCGCUGCACUGCAACUGUGAGCUACUGUGGUUAAGGCGACUUGACAGAGAUGAUGAUAUGGAAACUUGUGCUUCUCCUCCGGGUCUAAAGGGAAGGUACUUCUGGUAUGUACAGGAAGAAGAAUUUGUUUGUGAGCCACCUCUUAUUACACAACAUACUCACAAGUUGCUCGUUUUAGAGGGGCAAACUGCCACACUGAAAUGUAAAGCCAUUGGGGAUCCCGCCCCAGUCAUUCACUGGGUGGCCCCCGAUGACCGUCUCAUUGGGAAUUCUUCAAGGACCACUGUCUACGACAAUGGCACCCUAGAUAUCCUCAUCACCACAUCCAAGGAUUACGGGACUUUCACAUGCAUAGCAGCCAAUGCUGCUGGAGAGUCGACAGCAACAAUUGAGCUCUCAAUUGUUCAGCUCCCUCACCUCAGCAACAGCACAGGCCGAGCAGCCCCACCGAAAUCCAGGCUCUCAGACAUCACCAGCUCCAGCAAGUCUAAUCGAGGGGAAACAAAAGGUCCACCAGAACGGGCUGUCUUGGUGUCAGAUGUGACGACUACCUCAGCUUUGGUCAAGUGGACGGUGAGCAAGUCAGCCCCUCGGGUAAAAAUGUAUCAGCUGCAAUAUAAUUGCUCCGAUGAUGAAGUCCUGAUCUACAGGAUGAUUCCUGCUACAAACAAAGCCUUUGUGGUAAACAACCUUGUUUCUGGGACAGGCUAUGACCUCUGUGUCCUGGCAAUGUGGGAUGACACGGCUACGACCCUUACUGCCACCAACAUUGUGGGAUGUGCCCAGUUCUUCACCAAAGAAGACUAUCCUCAGUGCCAGUCCAUGCACAGCCAGUUCCUGGGUGGGACCAUGAUUCUGAUCAUUGGAGGCAUCAUUGUGGCAACUUUAUUGGUGUUCAUCGUUAUACUCAUGGUCCGCUACAAGGUCUGCAACAAUUCCCAGGGGAAGAUGUCCAACGUCAGCAACGUCUACUCACAAACAAACGGAGCACAACCAGUUCAGAAUGGUGUCCUGCCCCAAGUCAAUCCCAAAGUGGUGGUGAGAAAUGAACUUAUGGAGUUUAACUGUGAGUCCAUGCGGAGCAGUAUCUCCUCUUCUUCCAGCUCUGUGAAUAGCCGCGACUGUGAUGACUAUAGCCUCCAAAGUGAACAGGGCACAUUGUCCGGUAAGUGGAGGCCCCCCUCCAGGUCAAAACACAAUAUUGACCAGCUGAUGGGAGCUUUUGCCUCCCUGGAACUGAAAUGUCAGAAAAAGGAGGACACGACAGACUCCAGAACUUCCACGGUGGCCCGCCACUCGGACAAAGAGCCACUGCUGGGCCAAGCAGAGUCCAAAUUUCGCAGCCUCCUCACAUUGCCUCUGGAGGGCAAAACUAAACGUAGCCAUUCUUUUGACAUGGGGGACUUUGCCACAUCUCAAUGUUGCACCUACCCAAAAAAGAUAACAAACAUUUGGACAAAGAGGAGCCUCUCGGUGAAUGGCAUGCUUUUGCAGUACGAUGACAAUGACUUAAUAGGGGCGAAAGGGACUUUUGGGAGCUCAGAAUGGGUAAUGGAAAGCACAGUGUAAAUACCAGUGUCUCACUCUCUCUUCUCACCUCAUGUGUGAUAAAGCAUGGUUUGCUGCAGGGCCAUGCAUUUGGAAAGAGAGGGGUGGGAAUGUUCUCAGUCAUAAUGGCCACAAAGAUAGGUAAAUGAAUAAGCAAUGGGGAUAAAGAGGAAGAAGGUCAUGAAAUGUGAAUAGGCACGUAUGGCACCUUUCAUGUCUGGCCCCAACUAAACCAUGCGUGAAUGUUUCAAGGAAUUUACUAGUUGUAUUUAGCAUUGCUUUCCAAAAGUUUCUCAGCCUCUUGGUGAACCGUCAAACAAGAUUAAACAAGGAGGAUAAAAUGGGUUUAACAGCACAAAUCUAAUUUUGAAGGGUUUGAGUUUUUCUCCACCCUCUUCCUUUUCUUUUAACCUCAGAAAUACACUUCUGUGGAUAUAAGACUGGUGCUAGGAUGUCUCUGGCUGUUAUUACAAGUGACAUUCUCAAAAGUGCAGACGGGGCAUCCAGAGGGACAGAUCAGAGCAAAUAUUCAGCUUAAUAUCAUGGUGUUAACAAUGACAUCUGGGAAAAUAAUAAUACCUGUUGUUGAGUAGGAUUUUGGUUGGAAUUUGAUGAAUUUUUUUUUCAUUCUGUUUGCCUUGUUACUGGUUUGAGGUUGUUUUUUUUUCCCCACAGCAGAAAGUAUGUUUCCAUGAGCUUUUUUGUUUUCAGUCUCUCAUCAAUCACCUUGACGAAAAGGAGGCUAUGUACAAAGGUCACCUGUCUGGUGUACUGUAUAACCCACCUCCAACACCAUCCUUUUGUAUCCUAGGAAAAAUGAAAUCUAGGGGCUACUAAAUUUAAAAAGAAGAUCUUAUUUUUUUCCAUCUUCUUCAUAAUCUCUGCUUGUCAAUGCACAAGGCAGAUUGCAGCAUCUAAUGAUACCUGUGGGAGUUUAGCUAUCAAAGAUAGGAAAAACAGUAAUCAAGAUUUCAUAUCUAAAAAAAAGAGAAAACAAAAGUGGCUUCCAUGUAUUCUCCACAUUAUGAAUAUCAAUUGCUUCUGGCAAAGGUCGUGCUGUCGCUCUCUGUUCCACUGACCAAGAAACAAAGAAAACACACACUUCCACUCUAUUGUGACAAGAGCUCUUUUGUACAGUCACCCCAGCAGGGCUUGACUGUAUCAGUAGAAUCACAGGAAAUGCAAGUUUUGUGCAUACUCAGGGAAUUGAGUAUGUUCCCAAUUAGCCAUGGAAACUGAGUUAAAUUUGGAUGUCUGAAAACACAGGGUCUCCCUUGUGUCCCCUGCAUUACAGCCUGCUGUUCCUCAGUCCCCCAUAUAGUCCUAAGCCUCUGUCCCUCACCCUCACUAAGAACAGGAGCUCUUAACGGCUUGCAAGCUGAUUCUUUGAUUCCUUUUGGGGGAGCAUUGCUGCAGUUUUGGGAAUGCACAAGGCCCACCCAACAGAUUUCAUUGUCCUCAGUGACUUUAUUGUGAUUUCCAGCAUUCUGGUGGCUACUGCAACUGUCCUUACUUUAUUUACUUGUUGGCUCCCAACAGUUAGCUGCUGGGAACCAUUCUGACACUGCACAUGGUUUCUAUGAUUUUGUAAGCAAUGUGGAGAAAGGGUGCGAGGCACAGAGAAAAUAACGUGAAAAACUCUAUGUAUAUUUUUUUUUAAAGGCGCAGAGAUAUAUUGUGACAUGGCUGUGUACUUGAUCUUGUAUUCGUCAUGUUUCCUACUUGGAGUUUUAGAAAAUUACAUCCCUGUGAUCAGAAUAUUUUUUCCUUUAUUUUCUUUUUUUUUUUUUGCUACAAAAUGUACAGUAAAAACAUUCUUGGGGAAAAGAAAAGCACCUGUUUUUCCUUUAUUUGUUGUUCUGUGGUCUGCUUUGGAACCUAAAUGAGGAGCAGUAAUUGUUUAAAAAAUGAUUGUGAAAAGUUA